UAUUUAUGAUAUUCUAAAUGGGUGGCGGUGUUGUUUUUCUAAUUGUUGUUCCAACGGCAAAUUUUGAGCGCGAACUCGUCUAUGGUUUCUCGCCUGCUGGCAAUCAUGAAGUACCACCAGCAGUGCCAACUCACCGUGCACCUUUGCCGCCAGCUCCCACCCCACCAUCGAAUCUCAAUAUCAAUCUUCCGGAAAACAACAAUGGUAUACUGCGCCUCGAAGUCGAAUUACGUGAUAAGCAUGCACCGAAAUAUAGACGCGGCAUGGGACGUGGUGUUGGCGCAGGUCGUGGACAGGGUAUAGGAGUGGGAGCGGGUGGAAAACGUGCACCUGCAUCGCCCAAGAUUGUGGAGGAUCAAAGCGCAAUAGUGCCAUUGGAAAAGGUGCUUGAGGAGCUACUCACCAAACUGGAAAUCGAGCAUGUCACUUGGACAACAAGCCGAAAGGGCUACUUUCACCAAGUUGUCUUUCCGCUGCCAUCGGGCGAGCCAUGCGAAACGACGCUGCACUGUCUAACUCAACUGGGCAUUGGUACGAAAUUAAAUUCCAGUGUAAGCAUCAUACCAUGCAGUGUCACUUACGAUGCCCUCACUGAUGUUGUCAACAAGGAUGACUUCAGCGAUGAUCCCACUGCCGAAGAGCUAUCAAAAUGGAAUGCCUUUGUCGAAUCAAUUAAAUCGAAACUAACUGUAAAACAAGUGGUUGAUGGCGUACGUGCUGGUGGCUCGCUGACAUUCGAUUAUAUGCUUCUGAUUCUGACCGCUUGUUCUUUAUCUGCCUUUGGUUUAAUAGAAAACAAUGCAGAAAAUAUUGUGGCUGCUAUGUUGGUUUCACCACUUAUGGGACCGGUGAUGUCCAUUACUUUUGGUACAAUAAUUUCGGAUACACAAUUAAUUCGCACUGGUUUCAUCACUCUAGCUGUUGGUAUGAUUACUUCGGUGCUUUUUGGUUUCAUAUUUGGCUUAUUGUUGGGUACAACUGACAUGCCUUGGGGAUCAGGUGACUGGCCGACAGCGGAAAUGAGUGGCAGAGGUAAUGCACGCUCAUUGUGGAUGGGCAUUAUGUGGGCACUGACAUCUGGCACAGGUGUGGCUGUGGCUUUGCUGCAAGGCUCAGCUGGACCGCUGAUUGGUGUUGCGAUUUCCGCCUCGCUUCUGCCACCUAUGGUGAAUUGUGGUCUCUUCUGGGCAUUGGCUUGCAUUUGGCUUAUCUAUCCCGGCAUCCGUAUACCACAUUUGCAGGGAGAGGCAAUGAAUGAAACUUCACAAUAUAAAUUUCUAUACACCGAUUACCUGCCAACAGAAUUCUUUAUCAACGGCAUUAUAUCUUCGUUAUUAACGGUUAUAAAUAUUAUGUGCAUUUUUACAACAGCAAUAAUCGUAUUGAAAAUCAAAGAAGUAUCAGCACCAUACACAGCCAGUCCGGAUUUGAAGCGGUUUUGGGAAACCGAUAUACGUACAGUGCGUAAAACGAAUCGUUCGACAAUGCGGCGCGGCAAAAGCGGUGGUUAUGGCGGAAGUGGCGCUUUUGCCGAUAUGGGAUUACCCAGCUACCAAGGUCUGGAUGAGCCACGUAGUCGUGAACUGGAUACCGUAUUGGAGCAGGCGCUGAAGGAGGCUGAGGACGAUGCUACAUUCAAGAAGGUCAAGCGCAUGAGUUACUCCAGCAAUGCAGCGGGCGGUGAGCUACCGCAACGCUUGGCCCGCAUGGCUGGGCUCAAUCUACGCGAACCAUCAACCGAUGGCAUCAGCAAUAACUCACCGUUCGGCAGUAACAGCAGUCGCACUGGCAGCCGUAUGAACUCAAUGCGCCACUCAAAAAUGCAAGUCGACCUGAAGGCACUCGAUAAGCUUGUAUCUAAUCUGUUGGAACAGCACACGGCAGCUAUCAAAAGUGGUACGGUAAACAGCAAGACCGCAACGCUGCCAGUAACGGCAACCGCAAGGGGCACUUUGCCACAUCAGCGUAAAACCUCAGUGAAAUUAAAUCGUUGGCGUCCCACGUCACGUUCGGCGCAUUCCUUCAAACUAGCCGAAACUGGUGGCGGCAGCGGCAGCGGCAGCGGCAGCGGCAAUGAUGGCACUGAACUCAGCAGCGCAAUGGGCAUUCCCGGUAGUGGUGGCGUUGCAAGCAUGCCAACAAUUAUGGAAUCGGGUAUUGGUGGGGUGUCGUCAAGUAAUGAUCCCAAUAGCAGCGCCACUCGCGUUAGUAAUGGCUGGUCGUCAUCACUGGAACGGAAUACACGUGCUGCACGAAAUGUACUCAAUACCAUAGCCAAUGCGCCGCAACGGCUCAGUCAGUCGACAAAUAAUGAAGAAACAUUAAAUCUGACGAAGAACUAUGAGCCAUAGUGGAAGAAGAGGAAGAUGAUGCUGAUGAGUUUCAAAUUCAAAUGGUGGCACGUGUAGAUUGUAGUGGCUACAUAGUAGAUUUGGAAAUUACUUUUCCUCGUUGUUGUAACAUAAAUUGUUGAUAGUUUGAUUAAAUUGAUUAAAUUUUAGAGAAAACACAGCGAUGACUUGCAAUGUGAAUGGAAUUGUAUUAUCUUAUUUAGCAAAAAUGGCUCACAAGCUGUCCUGUUUGGAACUUU